GUGGUUCGUGAAAUACUGCAUUGGGGAAGUGGCGUUAGGGUGAUAACAGAGGAUGGUUGCGUUUACGAAGCUAACUACGUAAUUGUGUCUGUCAGCAUUGGUGUUCUCCAAAGCGACCUCGUUGCCUUUAAGCCACUCUUGCCCGGAUGGAAAUUGGAAGCCAUACAGAAAUGUGAGAUAAUGGUGUACACGAAAAUUUUCUUGAAGUUUCCAUAUCAGUUCUGGCCAACUGGACCCGGAAAGGAAUUCUUCAUCUAUGCUCACGAUCGGAGAGGCUACUACACAUUUUGGCAGCAAAUGGAGAACACAUACCCUGGAUCUAAUAUCUUGUCCGUCACAUUGACAAAUGGGGAAUCUAAUCGUGUGGAAGCUCAAGCCGAUGAAGACACCUUGAGAGAAGCUAUGGAGGUGCUCAGGGAAAUGUUUGGACCCAAUAUUCCUGAUGCCAUUGAUAUACUGGUUCCUCGAUGGUGGAAUAACAGGUUCCAACGUGGCAGCUACAGCAACCAUCCCAUCAUCUCUAAUACCCAACUAGUUCAUGAUAUUAAGGCUCCAGUAGGUCGCAUUUUCUUUACUGGAGAACACACGAGUGACAGAUUUAGUGGCUACGUGCAUGGUGCAUACCUCGCAGGUGAGCAUUAA